AUGCUGGAUAAAAUCGUUGGCAUGGCUAUGCUGGUAGCAGCCACUACAGUCUUCUUAUACUACACUCUAUGGACUCUUCUGAUGCCAUUCGUCGACGAUGACCACCCACUGCAAAGUCUAUUUCCUCAUCGUGUGUGGGCAAUUCGAAUACCAGUGAUUCUUACACUUCUCGGCUCAUCGGUGGUCGGCACAUUCCUGGCACUCGUUAUGAUCAAGAGUAAUAAGAAGAAGGCGGCAAAAGCCAGGGCGGCCGCGGCCAAGAAGACGAAAUAG